AUGGCGGACACAAGUUCACCAAAUCCAAGCAGUGAACCCGAGAAACCGGCGGCUGAAUCAUCUGACUCUUCUGCUGCUGAGUUGCAAAAGACGAUUGCAGAUGCUUUUGACAUAUUUGACCACGAAUCUAACAAGACUGUUGAUGUUAGGUACGGUAAAGUUUCUGCUGAGGUUUCAUCUUCCAACAGCUGUGCUAGGAAAAUUCUCUCUAGUUGCUCAUAAAAUACCGUAAUUUGUGGUUGUGGUUUAGGGAAGUUGGAACCAUUGUAAGAUCCUUGAAGUGUUGCCCUACAGAAGGAGAGCUUCACGAUAUUCUGGCAGAGGUAAUUAAUAUGGCUUGUUUUGAACUGGAGAAAUGUUUAUAUUUUAUUUGGUUAUGGCUCAGUCAAUUCCAAGCGUACCCAUACCCACAAAUGUCCAGGGGGGGCAUGGGCACACUUGGAAUUGACUGAGCCAUAAUAGGGUUUAAUAGGGUUAAACUGUGAAAUUGUGUGAGGACUGAAAUUUUUUUUCAAUUUUAGGUAGAGGAGGAAGAACCAACAGGUUAUAUAAGAUUUGAAAAAUUUGAACCAGCUAUGUUAAAAAUACUUUUGGAAAGAAGGUGAGGCAAAUUUGUGACAAGUGUUGGUUUACUUUAAAUUUGUUUAUGGCUUUUAAACUAGAAAGGAAAAUUAGCCCAGUUUUUUAUCAGUUCUCUUUAAAGAUUUUUUCAUGGCCUAAAUCUAGGGAUAAAGUAUUAUAAAUGCUGUGUGAAAAGAGGGGUGCAAUUUAACAGGGCUGUAAGUGGCUGGUCUCUUGGGGAAAAUAGCCAGUCAUAUUUUAUUCAACAAAAUCUUCCAUAUUUGUUAUGUUUGAAUUGUUUUCAAACUUGGAAUAGCCGGCUGAUUUAACUGCAGAAGCCGGUUACUAAUGCACCUAUCAAUGUAAACCCCGUGGGGGGGUGCGGGCAAGGGGGUGGGGAUUUGACAAAUUUUAAAAUUUUUCGAUCAAAUUCCCCAGGGUGGGAAACGAAAGGUCAAUCAAAAGCGUCAAAAAAGCCCCCACCCCAGGGGAAAAAAUCUAAACAAAAAAUGCUAUACUGUAAUACUAUAUAAAACGAAUAAAAGAACAUUUCAAACACGUUGUUACUACUUUUAUUUACGGUUAACGGAAGCUCCAUUAAAUUACUCGCUGUAAUUAAGUAUUUUCUCUCUCCACUAGCAUCUCUUAUCUUGAACAACAAAAUCACUCCAGGAAGAUUGACCGUGCUAUAUAAUAUUAAUAAAACGUAAAAUGCUUUAUGACAUCUGCUCAACAUGUCGGAACAGGUCGGAUCAGUGACCCAUAAAAAAUCCUUUCAUGAUGGAAUUCGAUUUCAAUCGAGUUUUACAAUCAGAUGGGAACUUGAAGUUUAGAUGACAGUUUAAAGUAUUAUGGCGAUUAAAACAAAUGAAAACUUCAUACCUUUCUCCAACAACAUGACUUUCAGGAAGCCUCGAGGGACGGACUUGGUAACUGCUUCUGAAUUGAUACCAGGCUUCUGUCGGUCAAAGUCAAAUGUCCCGACCCCGGGGUCGCUUCACACCAUCAAAAGCCCGACAGCGGGGAUAGUCUCAGGCAUCAAAUCCCCUCCCCUUGCCCGCACUCCCCCCCCCCCACGGGAUUUACAUUCAUUUGAUAGGUGCAUAAUGACAGCCGUGGAUACAGGGAAAAAAGCCAGUGUAUAGCAUCUACACCAGGCUACCGCCCAGGGGGGUACUCCAGAUUUUAAGUGACAGGGAUGAGGGAAGGAUUUUUUUGGGGGGGGGGGGGGGGGGGGGGGUUGAAAUUUUUUAUUUCAGGAUUUUUGCAAGAGUAUAUAUUUUUUUUGGAGCUUGAUUAAAGUAGGGAUUUUUUGGGGUAUUCAAAACAAUCUGAGGAUUUGUGAUAGUUAUAUUAUUUGAUGUUGUCAGGACAUUUUUAUGGCUUGGAAAUUCUGCAAUUUUUGCCCAGGCAUUUUUUUGGUUUUAUUUGAAGCCCUAAGGACAUUUUUUGGUUUUGAUUUUUGCCCCUAUUUGGUCAUCCCUGUAACUUGAAAUUCAGAGUAAAAGUUUGUGAACAUUGGCAGCCAGAUGGGGACUUCUUAAUAGCUGCUAAUAAAUAGUGGCAACAUAGUCAGAAGAGAUCCUCAUAAUUCUCAUAAAAAAAUGAAAACAUAACAAGCACCUGUUACUUUGCUAAAAAGGUGGAAAAAAAGGCGGGGAAGGUGAGUCGGCUGCUUGAAAAAACAGGCUGGGGUUUCAGAAAGUAGAAAUGUCUAUAUGAGCAUGCUGCUGACUUAAAUCCAUCUUGCUUCCUUUUUGUUUUUGUUUUAAGGUACAAACCAGCACCUGAAGAUCAAAUAAUGAAAGCAUUUGAGGUUCUAGAUCAGGAAAAUAAAGGAUACCUUACUACAGAAGAACUGACAAAAUAUAUGAGUGAAGAAGGUCAUAAUUUUAUUUGUUCCUCCCCUCAUUAUCGUUCCUUUUCUCAAGGCUCGGCUGUGGCUGACUUAGUAGUUAGUGUGGUAAAUGCCAUGAACUUUCUUUCGUUAUAAGGUGUAUCUCUCAGAGACAUGCAGCCACUAAGUGCUCAUUCACUGUUUUUAAUAGAAAGGCUUGGCUUACAUUCAUGAAUUGAUUUCAUUACUACUGUUAUUAGUGCAUGCCUUAAUAAUAUUAUUAUAGGAAAUUAACAUUGUGUGAAAGUAACAUGGAUUUUGGUCUCAAUUUCCCCAUUAAUUCUUUUUCUGUUACUACUUUUAUGCAUUUGUAUCAGCAUAUUAUUCUGCCUUGAUGUAUGAUUGUUACAAAAUAUGUUCUGACAUUCUGAGUCCAAUAAUUAGCUGUCUUUUUUUAACAGGUGAACCCUUUACUCAAGAAGAAAUGGAGGAAAUGUUAUCUGCAGCAGUUGAUCCAGAUAAAGGAAUAGUGUUUUACAAAGACUUUGUCUCAAUGAUGGUAGUUGAGGAUGUGUAACAAAACUAUCAAGAGACCCAGUUGUAAUAAUGUUUAAUGGUGUAUCGCAUCUACAAAAUUUGCCUACGUUUUUUUUAUCAAAUCUGCUUUAUCUGAAAUUAUACUGACAUUCACCUUAAUCACAGGUUUUAGUUUAUUAUUUGGACUUAAUUACCCCUUUAGGUCCCAAAAGUGACCAAUUUUCCUAACCACAUCAGGAGAUCAUUAAGGGUAAAGGUUAUGAGAAUAAUUACUAAAUUGAUUACCAAAGGGGGAAUGCUUUGAUCUUAAACCAAAUUCUCUUAACUGUUUUUAAAAGAAAUGUAUGGAGAUUUUUCUGGAGAAUUUGUAUGUGGAUCUUGGUGCUUAAAGGGUUAAUUUUGCUGUACAUACAUGUAGGAAAAAAAGUUGUUGUAAAUAAUCUUUUAGAGAUAAGAUCAUGUAAAUAGUUGGUGUGUACUAAAAAAUAUUAUUAAAACUGCAGUACAGCUUUAGCAGUAAUACCUUUGGUCCUAUUUUAUGGGAUAUAGAAAAACAUAUUUGGAGACUUUCAGAUGAAUACUUUUUUUAUCUCCAGUGUAGGUUGUACCAAAUCUCCUAUUAUUAUUUAUGUGGAUCAUCAGCACAAUGAAAUGACUUUUGAAAACUGUGAUUUCUUGGUUGACCCUGCAUGAAAAUCCUUUUUUAAGCCUGGGCAUCAACAUUCUCCCAAUUUACACUAUAUUUAAUAUAAUGAAUAGCAAAUGGCAGUUGCCUGAGAUUUCCUCCUGAAUUCCCUCUCUUCUACUGAAUUUUUCUCAGCUUUUCAAAAAGCUCUGGAUGGGCUUGACAGAAUUUUUCAAACUUUUUUGACAAGCUAGCACUUGACCCUGCCCAUUUUAAUAAUAUAAUGGGGUUGAAAAGAGUUGUUUUAGACUUGAUUAAUGGCUGCUGUUUUAACCUGACCAUUGCAUAACUCAAUAAUGUCUUGUCUUGUGUGAUGACUUGGGAACUAACUGAAAAAGUGAUCUUCGUCUUUAUCCGUAAAAAUUGAAAAUGCUUAAAAUUCAGCAAACUGAUACUCGUCAGACACGUAAUGCGUGCCUAUGCUUUCCUCAGAUCAGGGGUAGUGGGUAGGUUGGAUAUUUGGCGCCCUUCAAAAUGGCGGCUUUUCCUGAGCGUGAGUACAGAAAGCUUCUUACUGAUUCUCUGCUUAGUGAAGAGGUCAGUAACAGCUACUCGUUAGACGAAUUCAAGGAUUUCUUUCCUAGAAAAUAUCGGUGAGUUUGAAACUUAAGGCUAGUGGCGGGUUUUGAUUGCAAGUAAGUUACUUUAUUCUUCAUCACGGCAUCGAAUUAGCUCGCCACAGGACACAUUUAAAAAGUUCUCAGUGGAUUCUGAGGAAGAUAUCGCCUGAGUAAUGUUGUUAGCACCGCCAAUGAUUCUUAGAAAACAAUCUAGGGAGAGAAAAACACGAAGUAGUUCGAAAUGCGUGCGCUCCAAAAUUGCAAAAUAAUACGCGCCAAAAUCAUCCCACUUCACCCGCUCCGUGGUUGUACGUGGCGGGGUUACUUGGAAAUAUUUGGAUGUCGUGUUCCGCUGGGGCUUGGAAACCUCUGCCUCGCAGACAACUCUAACGCAAAUUUUUUCCCCUUGUUCUUCUUGCUGGCCUUCAACAAAACAAGGGUCGGAUCUCUUGGAUUGGAUCGGAUUCCAGAUUGGAUUGGAUUGCGGAUCGGAUCAGACUGUUAUUUCCACUUUUAGUGCAGAAGAAUUCUUAUGAGAACUGAUCUUUUUAAAUUAGCAACACAGGUGGCUUGGAAUGAAAAAAUCAGAGUUCUCCCAAUGGGAGUUGAACCAGUCCAUAUGCAUCUGUACAACGGUCAACUCCCUCAUGCGACCACUUCUUGUAAGCAACCACCUCCUGUAAGCGACCACUUUCAAAGUAACAGUUUUGUUUCUCAGUCAAAUACUUUUUCAAAAACUCUUUUAUAAGCGACCACUACUUAAAUUUCUCGGAUAUUGUGUAAUUUGUACACCCCUCAGUAGAUAUACCAGUCGACAUAUCGACCGACACUCGACCAAUGUAUCAGUCAAUAUAUCAACCGAGAUGCCCUAUGACAAAAUCCACAAGCCCUGGGCUAUCGUACACGACUUGUUUUGCAUGCUGCACCACUUUGUCAUGCACCAAGAGUAGUUGCUUACGAGAGAGUUGUCUGUAGUAACUAGUAAAUUAUAGGUUCAACUCCUGUUGGGAGGACUUGGAUUUUUCCUUGCGAGCUGCCUGUCUCACUAAUAAAAAACAUUGUUUCUCACGUAUCACCAGGGUUAAAGCUCACCUCUAGCUUUAAAAUCGCAAAGAGUUAGUUUUUACUGCACUAGGAAUUUUAUUUUGCAUAACUUCAUAAGAUUUCAAUCCCAAAAAUAGUCUUGUUCACAUGACAUAGCCCAUGAGUAUCUUGUUGCACUGAUUAUGUGUUUCUUUCCAUUUCUUGUGAAGUGGUCUUGUAAUUCACUGAGACUAAAUUGAAAAGUUCCUUUUUCAGAGAAGACAAUGAAUUAAGAAAUUGUGGGAAUAUGAGUAAGAAAGGUACAAUAGCAGGGUUGUCAGAAAGUUUUGAAGGAGACAGCUGAGUUGUCAAAGUAAGCAGCCAGUCUAGAGAUAUCUUAUUUUAAAAAGCCAUCCGUAAAGAAAUGCUAAGCAGAGUAGCUGACCGAUACUAGCCAAGUAGGCCGCGAUUUUCGCCAGCGGCCACCCACUUUUGACAACCCCUGAGAAUAGUGACGAUUUGGUGUCAAACGAACCGCCAGUGUGAUCCAAUCUGCAAUCUUAUUAAAUCCAAAAUCUGAUCCAAUCGGAGUGAGCCGAUCCUGGUUUUGCCGAUGCCCCACCCCCCCCUCUCAGAUAAAAAGUGAAGGGGAUGCCAUCUAUUACCUUUUAAACUCAGUGAUGCCAUCUCAGAUUAGAAGGUAUAAGCUGGCUAUUCCGCUCCCCACCCAAUUCCCCUAUCCACUGGUAUGGAGAAAAGUUUUCAAUGAGGUCUUAGUGGACCCUGCUGAUUUUUUUUUAUCUUUUUUUAAAUUCAAGAGAUCACCAAGAUGUCAAAGUGUUAUAUGAAGCCUACCAAACAAAACGGAAGCUGAUAAGGGACAGAGUAGUUAUGAAUGUGAGGAUGCAUUGUAGAAAGAGAAAACAACAGGUUAGCUGAUCAAUAUAUUUCAUUUAAUCAUGAUCUGAACAUUGACUGCAGACAUCCAUGGGAGGCAAUUUAAUUAAUAUCAUGGGUGGCGAAUUACUCUUUAUAGUGCCACUGGGAAAACCAUGAACACCUAAAAUAUGCCAGGAAUGCCUAUUGUUUUUAAGCCGAUCAAAUCUGAGAACUUCACACACCAAAACUGCGGACUAAAUAACUGUUAAAAAUGUUAGUUGGGCUUAAGUGAAACCAAAAGAAUAGAAAAGGUUACGUCUUGCUUAAAAUGAUGUUAAAAUAUUGUAAAAUUGGUUCGAAAAUAUCUGCUCACUGGUAAAUCAGUUGUGAUAGGUUUUCUGAAGUAAAUUGUUCAUGUGUAUUAAUUUGGGAAAUUCACUUGUGUUAUUUCAGAGUAGUACUAAUGUAGAUAAUACAGGAAUAAGUGAUGGUGCCACAUGUUGAAAGCAACAAUUGCGUUGGAGCACCGGUGAUCAGUGGAAGGACAAAAACAUGCACUGAUGUGUUCUUUCUGAGUAGUUUCAGAGGUUUAACAACAAGAAUCAGCUCGAAUUAAAUCAUUUACCUGGAAAAUCCAAAGCCGACGCAGUUCUUGCUGUGCCAACAACAGUUAACACACUGCGGUUCUGUUCAGCGCUGCCUCUUGUGCGAAAGUUGUCACAGGCCUUUAACGGAGUCUGUAUUUUACUAAGUAAACGUUCCUUGCCCAGGAAAGCUUAAAGCUUAGUGGUUUACAAAUCGUUUGUGGACUGCCGAACACCAUGAGCUUUGUGUCAUCCGGGUUCAAUAGGAGAUAGUUCUCAAAGCACCAAUCACGCAUUAGUUGUAGGUCAUCAUUGUUUUUAACAGCAGUGGUGUGAGAUUCCUCUACGGUGAAGGAGAGAAUUAGUUUUGUGUCGUCAAUGUAACACGCACUUGAGCACGUCUCACUGGCUGCUGACAGGUCGUUUAUGUAGAUACUAAAUAACAAGGCUCUGAGCAUGCUACCUUGAGACACUCCACACACCACUGGUAGAGCUUCAGACAGCGCAGCAUUAAUGCGAACCACUUGAAAUGUUUGGAUAAGUAGCUGUUAAACCAGGAGACUGCUGUGAUUAAUGCUAUCGAAUGCUUUGCUCAUAUCCAGAUAGACGAUUUAGCUGUUAGCUCUUUCUUGUCGACUGCCUCAAGUAUAGUGUCCGUAGAGGCAAUAAGAGAAGUUUCAGUGGAGUGCACUUUUUAUUUCCACUCUGUUCCACCGCUAGUCUUUUGUUUUUAGUUAGGUAAGGUGUUAGCUGAUUCAGGACUGCCUUUUCGCACACCUUAGACAAGAUAGGUAACAAAGAAAUUGGUCUAUUGUUGCCUGGUUCUUCAAAAUCACCCUCUUUCAAGGUUGGUGACACUUCAGCAAUUUUCCAAUCUCUAGGAAAGGUGCAGGUGGUACUAAAAGAAGAAUUUAUAAUGGCAGUAAUAGAAGGAAUAAUACCAGGUGCAGAGCCCUUGAUACCAUGAGUUUUAACUUAUCAAGGAUAUAUCAUGCACAUAAGCUCUACAUUCACAGCAAUUCACAGGUUUUCUGCUUUCCAAGUCACUGCCAUCUGGGUUCAUUUUAAUUAUACAUGUAUAUUUUAUCUAGCAUGUUGUCCUGUUUUUUAUCACAGGGUGGAAUGAUGCCAGAUAAUAAAUACGAAGAUGAAGUAAAAGAAAUGGAGGCAAAAGAAGAAAUUUUACAAGAGGUAUCAAGUAAUACUUUAUUAACGCCAUUAAGGUAGCAUUCUUGGGGAAACAGGGGCUGGCCUUGUGGACUAGCCUAGUUUAUAAUUAUCACACGCAAGUUUCACAUUGUUGACUGCAAUUUCACAGGGUUGACUGUAUUUUCUCAUGGUUGACUGAGGUUUCACAUGGUAUUGUAAAGUUAAUAAGAUUCACUACUAACAUGUCACUGGGCGUUUCACAGGGUAAGCAUGAAUUUCACAUGAUGCUUCUCAAAUCACAUUUUAAGUUAAAAUUUUCACAGCACAUUUCACAGGAUCAAAUUCUUUAUCUGCUAACUCCCUUGUGGAUCCCUGAACCAUAGAUCUUUUCCCUUUCUCAAUGACCUAUACAAGUCAUACACCAAGUGUCAUAGGGAUAAUAACAUUUUUAAUGUACAAUGUUCAGGGCUGUCACUAAGAUUUCAAGUUGCCGGGUUUAUGCAGUUAGUAGGUGGGGAACUGAAGAGCCCUUGAAGGAGUCCUUUUGGUCUAAUUUUCCUUUUGUUUCCUACAAAAAAGCCAGGGGAAAUCCCCGGCCCCCGGCCCUUUGUGACAGCAAUGAUGCUACAGCGGUACACUCUGUUUUUUAAGGGUUAGAGACUUAGUGCAAAUUUUUUAGCAGCAAAGAAAUGCAUGCGCUGGUUGUAUAAUGAACAAUACCUGGAUGUGUGUGGACAGGGCCUUAACUACUGCCUUUUUAAGGGGCAGGCAGUGGUCCAGUUUCGAAUUAAAAAUUACCACUGAAUACAGAAAAAAUAAACGACACAUUCAUACAGGGUUGGUCUCAACAUAGAGUAAAUUAUUCACAAAUUCAGGCAAGUAAGGCUCUUUUUCUCAUUGGAAUUUGUGAAUAUAUUUACCUCAGCUGGAGGAUAAGCCUGUAAAGAAUGUGUCUUCACUUCUUUUAUUCAGCCGUCAUAGUGAACUCGAAACUGAACUAUUGUCAAUUAAUCUCACAUCAUCUAGAUCAGAUUUGAAUCAUUUUAGUAGGCUGAAACAAUAAUUUGGGAUCUAACACUAGGACAUCAGGUAACAUUGUGUUAAAUGGCAGAUUGGGUUAAUGCAUUGUUUUCAUUUACACAAGUUUUUUAUUCCUCAGGAAAUAGAUACAAUGGAGAAGGAUAUGGAGCAAGUUCAGGAGAAAAUUGCAAGGUGGAUUAUCUUUUAAGAUACAGAAUGUACUUUCUAUAAAACUUGAAGGAAGUUGCUGGUGGUUGUAAUGUAAUGUAAUGUAAUGUAAUGUAAUGUAAUGUAAUGUUGUGCAUUAGAGGACAACAAGACAUGCCCUCUUUACUUAUCAACAUGUUAACAGUAAGAAUGGACGUCAGCAUAAAAAAAAUUAUGUCUGAGCUGUCUGAGCAGUUGUGUCCUUUAUGGAAAGUAACUCAUCCUGUCUUUGAGAACUUGUCAUCUGUGAUCAGUACUACAGUGGAACCCCUCCUUACCACCACCCUGUUUAUAAGACCACCUCGUUAUUACGGCCAUAUUCUUUCAAACCAAAUGUUAAAACCAUUGAGUCAUUUUAUUAUUUUGAAGACCCCGUUAAUUCGACCACCUCAUUAUUACGACCAGGAUUUUAUGGCCCAACGGUGGUCGCAUUAACGGGGUUCCACUGUAAUAAUCAAUUUCACUUAACUAACUUCUUAUUUUGUAGCUGUACAGAUAACUUGGACAAGAAGAAACCUUUUUGUGGAUUGCAGACAGCAGAUUUCAAAGCAGGCAAAGGGACAAGAAAAUCAAGAAGUAGAUCUGACAGAUGACAUUAAUGGUAUUUUAAUUUUCUCUUGUAAGAUAUGUAUAUGAAGUUGUUUGAAAAUGACUGUAGGUAAAGUUGAUUUCUUAGAGGGUAACACACUUUUGUAACGUAUCAGAUGA